AUGGCUUGGAACCUGGCGAUAAUAACUUUGGUUGGCAAAGAUGGUACAAAGUUGGAGGCAACUCUUCGACGGGAAAACAGAGGAUUGAUGUGUCUCGGAAAUGGCUGGAAAGAUUUAUCUAUAUCCAACGGCUUGAAGAGUGGCAAGUCGUUCACGCUGGAGCUAAUUUUGGAGAAUGGAACUCCUAUGCUCAGUUUGGUGAGUACACAGUCCACAAGUCAUAAAAGCCAGAAAAGAGAGUGCUCAAAACAUAGCGAGAAAGAGUCGAUCUCUGCAGUACCUAGCAAAGGAAAAAAGAACAGGAAAGCCAGGAGCAACAGAGAGGAGAGGAGAGACUCGUCUUCAGCAAUCCAAAAUCGAUUUGUGACAUUCACACCAGAAGAUAUCAGAGACUGUAUACUAAUUCUUCCAAGCCAAUUCAUCAAAGCUAAUGGCAUCAACAACCUCGGGGAGAUAACUUUGUUGGGUCAAAACAGAAUGAAGUGGUUUGCAUAUCUACUGUCAAUGUCAAAAGAUGGAAGUUUGGCUCUGGGAUCUGGUUGGAAGGGCAUCUGUGAGGCUAAUGGCGUUAAUACAGGGGAGGCAUUCACGUUGGAAUACAUUGAUGAACAAGAAACAGCUCAUGGACGUGCACAAGUUUGUUUCUAUGGUGUAUUCCCAGGCAAAUCUGUCAGAAGUUUUGCUUCUCUCCGGUCUAAGUGGAAUGAUCUAUUUUAUGACUUCCUCAGGGAACAAAAUCUGAGAGUGAAUCCAAUCAUUGGUGUUGCCAUAUGUCUGUGUAAGCAUCAUUACUGUAAUUACAACUCUUGUUCCUUGUUUAAACCUAGGCCUAAACUUAGUCAAAAAAAUCUUAAUUCCUAA